AUGUACAUACAGAUGAACGUGUCGGCCAAUGCAGCGUCGCCCAUAAUGAUCGACGUGGAGUCGCAACGCGCUAAUGUAGAGACCACAUCCAGCACAAUGAACUUGUCUGCUGUUUUAGAGAGCGCCGUAAUCGAGGUGAAGACAGAACAGAGUCCUGUGUUAGAACAGCUGGAGCCGCAGAAGCCCAUCGAGGACGGUGCCGAGUCGGACAAAGCGCGCACGGACAGUGAUGACGACGAUGAUGACUCGCUACUAAAGCAAAUACCGAAACAGGAAAUCUCGUCACCUGCGGAGGGGGUCAAGGUGCCCGUAGAGGCACCAAAUACUUUGAUUGAAAAGAGUUUGACAGAAACAUACCAAGAGCCUAUGACGUCUGUGGAGAACUCGAAAGCGUUUCUCAACGAGAGUUCACGUACUGUAGAAGUAAUACAAGAGCCGGUGAAGCCCGUGGAUCCUUUAAUUACAACAGAUGAAGAGCAUAUAGCAUGCAUAGAAACACAACAAAGUGCCAAGACGCCCGUGGAAGCCUCAACACCAUUAGAUGAUGAUCUUUCGUCUUUCGAAGAUGCACACCAGGAUCCUAUAAUUUAUGGGGACGCGACAGUAGCAGUGCAGACGCACUUAGAAUCCACGACACCUGUAGAAUCCUUCAAAACUACAGACUCAAAACUCACAAUCUCGACACAAGAGUCUGUGACGCUUGUGAAAGGUACGGAUAUAUCACAUGAAGAAUAUAGUGCCUCAGCUGAAGUGCAACAAGAGCCCUCUACACCUGUAGAGACUUUUGUGGAGCCCAAGACACCUGUGGAUCAUCCACGUGAAAAUUCUUUUGAGGAUGACAUUGUAGUUGAAACAGAGUUACUCGUGCAGGAAGACGCUGCAGGGUUGCAAUCGGUACCUUCACCAUAUACUAGUGUCGAAGAGAACGUAGAGGCAGAAUUGCAACCUCAUGAAAUUGAACUUACCGUACAAGAAGAAAAAGUUCAGGGCCACGAGAUAGAAUUGGUGAUUCCAUCGCCACAGCCUAUGAACUUGGUGCAUCACGAUAUUGACGAUGAAGCUAGCGACAGUGAUGAGUCGGAUAUAUAUCGAGGAGAUGAAGACGACGACGUAAAUGCUGACUUGGGUACACCACUGGGAUACGGCGGCACUGCUGACUUUGGUGAAAGUCAGGACGAGUUUACUUCACAUCGAUUUUUGGGUCCUAGUGUGGUGUCUGAUCCUUCAUCAGUUCGUGCGUUGCAUACCUUGCGUCGGGUUGCACUGCACGAUAAACCUCCACGGUUUGUAAGUAGUGCUCCGGCUGUGACAGCAAGUUCAGGCAGUGUGACGAGUAGCGGCGAGUCUUCAGGACGCAAUUCGUCGAACUCUAGUGCAACUUAUGCUCCAAAGGGAAAGUCAGAGCUGCGGUCUCAAUCUGAGGCUGAUUUUGUGGAGCGACCUCUUAAUACGUACACGUUGACAUUUACAGAGCAAGUGUUAGGCUUUCAUACGAAUGUUGUUGUGUCGUUGGAGAACGAGCUUUUAGUUGAGGUCUGUAGUGUGGAGAAAGACAGUCCCGCACAGCGUGGUGGCGUAGUCGUUGGAGAUUGUCUCGUUAGUGUUAACGGGCUGCACAUUGAACCUCAUAUGACGAAAGAUCAAGUUUUAGAGAUUAUUCAGUCAUCGACACUACCGCGCACGCUCGUAUUUCAGCGUGACUUGCACGACAAGGAUGGCGGGCAUUCUAAAAGCUUGCCUGACAAAAAAGGCUCACCUGUUAAGCCGCUGAUAGGGCGUCUCGGCGCUGCUAUGAGCCAAGGUGCAUCUAUCAUUGGCUCUAGAUGGAAGCGAAAGAAAACGAUCGUACAUCCGAAUUCAUUUUGCGACGGCUGUGGCAUGGACCCAGUCAUAGGUGCGCUAUGGACUUGUAGUGUAUGCUCGAAUUACAAUCUGUGUAGCGAGUGCUAUGAUUUGGGUACGCAUGGAAUGGAAAACACAGAGCAGAUGCAGGCGCUAAAUGAGGCCAUUGUGCAGUACAAGCUUCAAAAAUUAUGCAAGGACUUUACACCUGAAUUUUUUUUGUCCCUUCGACGUGAUAUCUGCAAAGGAAGGCCUGAUAAGUUUGAGUAUCUUGGUGAGUGGAUUGCUAAUAUCGUCGUGGGGACGUCAGCAGCUAAGAUUACAGUGCGCGGCAUUGAGAUUCCGUCUCUUCCGCCUGCUGCUCGUCAGCGAUUCGUGUCACAUUUGAUGCCUCUAGUUUCGAACAGAACCGACAUUGAAGUAAACAUUGAAUGGUUACCAGACGACGCGGAUUAUACAAGUGCUGCUGAUCGUGCAAGUGUCGAUCGGAUGAGCAUUGGUGCGUAUGGCAGCGAUGAAGAGGAGGAUGACAUCGUUAUUGAAAACUUAGAAAAGCUGCGCAUUUGGAUAUCAGACAAAAAGACGCGUACUACAUCGCCUUUUGCGUAA